AGUAAAACAACCGAGUUUCCUCCGCACGCGGGCGGAAGAAGCGGGGGUGUCUGCGCGCUUUGUUGCUUAAGCUGUACCUCCCGCCUCUCUCAACUCCGUUUUACUUAACUUCCUCUAAAGGAAGAUUUCGGAGCAGCCCAUUCAGGCGUGUUGGGACAAAGGAUUUGAAGACACCCUGGACUAAAGUCAUCUCUUUUAUUAGGCGCUACCUCGUCACCUCACUCCAUGGCCGUUCCUGAGACACGCCCCAACCACACUAUUUAUAUCAACAACCUUAAUGAGAAGAUCAAGAAGGAUGAGCUGAAGAAGUCACUGUACGCCAUCUUCUCCCAGUUUGGCCAGAUCCUGGAUAUCUUGGUGUCACGGAGCCUGAAGAUGAGGGGCCAGGCCUUUGUUAUCUUCAAGGAGGUCAGCAGUGCCACCAACGCCCUGCGCUCCAUGCAGGGCUUCCCCUUCUACGACAAACCCAUGCGCAUCCAGUAUGCCAAGACCGACUCAGAUAUAAUUGCGAAGAUGAAGGGCACCUUUGUGGAGCGGGACCGCAAGCGGGAAAAGAGGAAGCCGAAGAGCCAGGACACCCCCUCUGCCAAGAAAGCUGUACAGGGUGGGGCAGCUGCCCCUGUGGUGGGGGCCGUCCAGGGUCCUGUACCGGGUAUGCCACCGAUGACACAGGCACCCCGCAUCAUGCACCACAUGCCGGGCCAGCCUCCCUACAUGCCACCCCCUGGCAUGAUACCCCCGCCAGGCCUUGCACCAGGCCAGAUCCCACCGGGCGCCAUACCCCCACAGCAGCUUAUGCCAGGACAGAUGCCACCUGCUCAGCCUCUUUCCGAGAAUCCACCAAAUCACAUCUUGUUCCUUACCAACCUGCCAGAAGAGACCAACGAGCUCAUGCUGUCCAUGCUGUUCAACCAGUUCCCUGGCUUCAAGGAGGUCCGUCUGGUACCCGGGCGGCAUGACAUUGCUUUUGUGGAGUUCGACAACGAGGUGCAGGCCGGGGCCGCCCGUGAUGCCCUGCAGGGCUUUAAGAUCACCCAGAACAACGCCAUGAAGAUCUCCUUUGCCAAGAAAUAGCACUUUUCCCCCAUGGCUACCCCUGCCCCUGUUCUGGGAUCCCCUUCCCCCUUUGGCUCAGCCCCCUGAAGGUAAGUCCCCCUUGGGGGCUUUCUCGGAGCCGUCUGUGAAUGAGUGGUCGCCACACAGCAUUGUACCCAGAGUCUGUCCCAGACAUUGCACCUGGUGCUGUUAGGUUGGAAUUAAAGUAGUUUUUUGCGGUUUGCU